CUGGUAUCUGUUUCAGAAGACGUUGACCCAAGUAUUGGACGUUUCCGAAACUUAGUUGCUACCGCUAUUAUUUCCAACAAUCCUGCUAAACGUACCGCUCCAGAGGUGAAGGGACAUGAACCGCCACGAAAGAUUGUCCGACCUUUCCGCGACGUAUCCCUAGCAGCUCCGAUGUGCUCGACACUUGGCGGCAUGGCUCUAAAUGCAGCUCCCGAUUUAGAACUAUACAGUAAGACACUACCGGAACCGGGACAGCAUAAUAUACAUCCACAUGUUGUGACGGUGGAUAGUGACGAACCGCACAAGAAGAAAUACGCCAAAGAGUCAUGGCCAGGACGAAAGCCGAUGUCGGGCAUUUUGUAG